AUAAAAUGAGUAUUAUAGCUAUUUUCAAAAAUUGCUAUGAGCACUUUAAAGGCAAGUUUUCUAAAAAUUACAUUCCAGCAUAAACACCUAAAAUGCAUUCAAAAAAAAAGGUGCUUGUUUUAGAUUUAGAUGAAACUUUAGUUCAUUGUGAGUUUAAGGAAAAUAAUAAUUUUUAGCAUGAAGCCCUUCUAAAAGUAAUACACAAAGGAUAAGAAUAUAAAAUAUAUUUAAGAACUCGACCAUAUUUAAAUUAAUUCUUAUUAGAAGCUAGUAGAGAUUACGAAUUGAUAAUCUUUACUGCAGGUUACGAAGUUUAUUGUGAAAAGGUUUUGGCUUAUAUUGACAAAGAUAGCUUAAUUUCAGAUUAUUAUGCUAGAGGAAGUUGUCAAUUUAUUAAUGGAGUUUGUUUUAAAGAUUUAUCUUUACUAGAUAGACCUAUGGAAGAUGUUAUUUUUAUAGAUGUAAACUUAACAUCAAUAUUAGAAUAAUCCUAAUGCCUUUGAUAGAUGCCAAGAAAAUGGAUUACUUAUACCAUCUUAUCUUGAUUCAGAAGAUGAUGAUUGUCUUUUAAGAUUAAUUCCUUUCCUUAAAUUCUUAUCAAAGAAAAAAGAUUUAAGACCAAUUGCAUAACAUCUUCAUUAAUAUGAAAAUAAUAUCGGAGCAACAUUAUUCACAGAAACUUAAAAGACUUUAGAAAUUUAACAGGAAGCAAUCGAUGAAGAUACUUUAAGUGAAGGCAAUGUUGUUAAAAAAGAAAAUGAUAUUACAGAUUUAGAUAUUAAACAUAAAAAAACCUAAACUCAUUUUGAAGCAGUUUGUAAAGUUAGCAAUAAAAUAAGAAGUGCUACUCUAUUUUCUGGAUGA